GCGCUGAAGAGGAACUCUGGCAACGUCAUUUGAUGACGUUUCACGAGUAACGUCAGAGGAAGUUAUUCCAGUAAAUUCGCGUUAACUAACAAGUUAAAACCUUAGAGGCUAUACCUAUUCAAACGUUAAAAACAGGGCAGGUUUUAAACAAAGCGUCGACCUUUUCCCACCAGCACGAUGAUGAUGGACGAGGACCAGCCGAGGACGUUGUAUGUCGGGAACCUCUCCAGGGAUGUUACGGAGGCCCUCAUCCUGCAAGUGUUCUCUCAGAUCGGCCCCUGCAAGAGCUGUAAAAUGAUCCUUGAUACAACUGGAAAUGACCCAUACUGCUUUGUGGAGUUCUAUGAGAACAGACAUGCUGCUGCAGCUCUGGCUGCCAUGAAUGGCAGGAAGAUCUUAGGAAAGGAUAUGAAAGUCAACUGGGCCUCAACGCCAAGCAGUCAAAAGAAAGACACAAGCAAUCAUUUCCACGUCUUUGUUGGUGACCUGAGCCCAGAAAUCUCGACAGAUGAUGUCAGAGCAGCAUUUGCUCCAUUUGGAAAGAUAUCUGAUGCCCGCGUGGUGAAGGAUCUGGCUACAGGAAAAUCUAAAGGAUAUGGUUUCAUCUCCUUCAUUAACAAAUGGGAUGCAGAAAGUGCUAUUCAGCAAAUGAAUGGCCAGUGGCUGGGCGGCAGACAGAUCAGAACAAACUGGGCCACAAGGAAGCCAUCAGCUCCCAAAUCAAACAAUGAAGGAGCCAGCAGCAAACACUUGUCCUACGAGGAGGUUCUGAACCAGUCGAGUCCUAGUAACUGCACCGUUUAUUGUGGUGGCAUUGCUUCUGGCCUUUCAGAUCAGCUCAUGAGACAGACUUUCUCUCCGUUCGGCCAGAUAAUGGAGAUCAGGGUUUUCCCAGAGAAAGGAUACUCCUUUGUGAGGUUUGAUUCUCAUGAGGGUGCCGCUCAUGCCAUAGUGUCUGUAAAUGGGACAUGCAUUGAGGGCCACACUGUGAAGUGCUACUGGGGCAAAGAAACGGCAGAUAUGAGAUCCAUGCAACAAAUGCCAAUGCCCCAGAAUAAACCCACUUAUGCUGCCCAGCCCUACGGACAGUGGGGACAGUCAUAUGGCAACGGUCAGCAGAUGGGUCAGUAUGUGCCCAACGGCUGGCAGAUGCCCACUUAUGGUGUCUACGGGCAGGCCUGGAAUCAGCAGGGAUAUAAAUAAGUACAAAUUUGGCUGAUUAAUCCCUCAGUCCAAUCAUUAAACCCCACUUCAGUGUGGCUUCUGCCCAAUGGGACUCACCAUUACACCAGUUCAGGGGUUGUUGAAAGGGCUGUAUUCAGCCCACUGUACAUUAUACUCAGACCAUUAAUUUGGAAGGAAUCCUGUCUUUUGUCCUUUUUCUUUUUGUUUGUUUUUAGGCCCCAGGAUUAUUCUUUUUUCUUUCCCUUUUAAAAAGUACUGCAUUUCGGGGACUUUAAUUGUCUAGUUUUGCAACAGAUGGAAUGUCUUUUCAAUAUGUUGAAUCUGCAGGUUCAAUUUAGCUCACAUCUCAAACGGUGUAGAAAGUUUGAGGUCUAAUAUACUGCACUCUUUUUAUGGAGUUCUUGUCUCUAAACCUGAUUUGUUCACAAAUUCUUUUCAGUUUUGUUCUGUCAGUACGGCUAUGCUUUACCUUUAUUUUUUACUAGAAAUGUUUCAAAAACUUGAGACGUGUGAUCUUGUUGAUCAAAUAUAUAUAAUAUUUUAUCUCGUGACACCUAUUGAUAAAACAAACACAUUCUGCAUAUACAGAGGAGAUCAAUCUGUGGCCUUGAACACUUGAGGUUUCAAGAACUUCUUGAUGAUAAAGUUUUGGACUAUUACUAAAGCUUUUAACAAGUUGUAUUAACAGAGGUGCAGAAAACAUGCUUCCUUUUUGUUCGAUUUAGACUAUUCAUUUUGUAACAUGGAAUUGUCCGCUCAAUUUUUAAAACCUUUUUGUUUUGUGUUUUUACAAAAUCACAUUUGCUCGGAUCUGUUGAGGGUGAGACAGCACAGCAGCCAGUCAUUGGCAAUAGCAGUGCUGUAGCAUCUGUGUAAAGACUUUUUGUAAUUGUGUAAAAUGAAGUUGUGAAUUAUUUCUUUAAAUCUUGUAAAUUCAGGGUUUGUUGAACAUCUGUAAUGUAAUAAUGUUGCAUGGACAUUCUGAGCUCUGUUCUUGUUACAAUCUCUUAUAAAAUCCGUAAAAAAAGUGUUAGAGUUACUGAGAUGCGAUUUCAUUUUAAUGCUCCCUCCCUGUGAUUUACUCUCAAGAGUCACUGCUGAAUAUACAAGCCAAAGACAUUGACCACAACGAAGUGAGAUCUUGCAUGCUUCCACCUUGUUGUAUUGAGAUUGCAAUGUCAGUGUUUGCUAGAGGUGUAAUAUGGAAAGGUGAAGAAAUACGAGAUGCUCCUGGGUUUCAGCCACACGCUCUCGACUUGCUCAGCCAAAUUUACUGGAUAACGUUUUUCCUCACUGGGCCCCAAAACUGAGUCAUGAUAAAGCAGACCAAAUUAAGAAAUGAGCAACUCUUUUAUUUCCUUUUCUUUCCUUUUGGUUUCUUUUGUCAUGUAAAUUUAUCAGCAUAGUUAUUUAAUGUCACUUUUUUUCUAUCUAACUAGAAUUUUGUUUUUUUAAUUUGUAAAAAAAAAUCUAGAGAUUAUUUUGAACCCCCCAAUUAUAUGCUUCCAUCUAAUGUUGUUCCAUUUACUCUGUGUAAAAACACUUAAUAAUAACCAUUCAAAACUA